AUAUUAGAACAUAAUCUGAUUAGUUUAGCAACAAGCUUUACGUUUAAAGCAAACAACAACGAAUCCGAAUCUUAGAUUUCUCUCAAGAACUCCCUAGAGCGAAUUGGGAUAAUGUUUAUGAUUAUCCUUUUAGAGAUGAUGGAAGGAAUGAUGGAAAAGGGAGGGCUACGAUCAUCGGUGUUACUGUCUCUGGAGAUGUUUCGAUGGCUGAUGAUCGGUCGAGGAGGAUGAUGCAAAUUUUUAGGAUGAGUUUAGAAGGGACAAGAUGGGAUCCUGUGAAGUCAUUAGGGGAUGAGUCUUGGAUUGUGGAUCUUGGUGUGACUAUACCAGCUGCAGUUUAUGGUACCAAGCCAAACUCGGUUUAUUACUGUAGUGAGAAGAAUGUUUAUUGUCGCAAUGUGAUUCAAGGUGAUUCAAAAGGAUUUCGAGUGUCGAGAGUAUCUAAAAUUGAUUUAUAGCAAAGUACACAUCGUUCUAGAAACCCAAAAGACUAGCAAUAUAUUUUUAGUAAUAACUAAUAAUAUACAUUUGAUAAUUACUACAUAAAUGAAUAUUAAAGCAGAAUUUGAUUAUGGAUAGGGCUUAGGAAAAAAAAGAAAGUAAACGUUAUUAUUCUAUUGGAUCCGUAUAUAUAUUCUCUGUUUGUAGAUAAUUUCCAAUCCCUAUAUUUCCUCAUUGUAUAUUUUUCCUUUUUUCUAGCAUUAGGUUUACCUUUCUAGUUGUGUAUAACUCGAAUAUUUUCAAAAGAAGUUUAGAAUUAUUACAAAACAGAGAAUUUACUACUUGUGAGGUGAAUCUCAAUGCCAAACUGGUCGGAGAUUAACUUGGAUGUUCUACAAUUGAUUCUAGAACGUCUGAGCAUCCGCAAUAGACUCAAUGCUCGAUCCGUUUGCAAGAAUUGGUACAGAGUUAGUAAAGAGUCUUUGAUAAAGGUUCCAUGGAUGAUUAUCUUCCCAUCCAGAAAAACAAAGGAACGUUCAUGUCAAUUAUUCGAUCCCCAAGAAGGUAGGUUUUACGAAUUGAACAAGCUCGUUAAUGACUUCUAUUCUAGCCAAUGUAUCGCGACUUCGGGAAGCUGGCUUUUAAUGUUUGACUUUGGAUCAAGAUUCUAUGUUUUGAAUAUUUUCACACGCGAAAGAAUCAAUCUUCCGCCUUUAAAGUCACACCAAGGGAGGAUUUUUGUUAAGAAGACCCGAGAUAAGCUAGGCCGAGACAACUUCAUGUUAAGAAUCAGGCAAUCGAGUAUUACUGCGAGAAACGCAUUAAACCAGACAAAAGCAGUUUUAUGGGUGGACGAGUUAACCAAAAACUACGUUGUCGUCUGGUCGAUAGGUCUCUUGUAUAUGAUGUUCACUAAGAGUGGAUUUGAUAACUGGAGAGAGAUACCUACAAGAGAAGGUCCUGAGAUUCUCCAUGGAUGUCAAGACCUUGUCUACAAAUACAACAAGCUUUAUGUUUUGAGUAAACAAAACCGAAUCAGAAUCUUGGAUUUCUCUCAAGAACUCCCUAGAGCGAAUUCGGAUAAUGUUUACCAUAAUCCUUUUAAGAAUGAUGGAAAAGGGAGGGCUAUGAUCAUCGGUGUUACUGUCUCUGGAGAUGUUUUGAUCGUUAAGAAUCAGUUGAAGAAGAUUUUCAACAUUUUUAAGAUGGGUUUAGAAGGUACAAGAUGGGAUCGUGUGAAGUCAUUAGGGGAUGAGUCUUGGAUUGCGGAUCUUGGUGUGACUGUACGAGCUUCAGUUAAUGGCUCCAAGCCAAACUCGGUUUAUUAUUGUAGAGACAUGAAUGUUUAUUGUGGCGAUAUUUCUACUCGAUCGCAGGUGAUUCAAAAGUAUUUCACGAGUCUAAAGUUGGGUUGCGUGAGGUUGUUUAUUCCUACUCUAUAGGUCCAUUGCGGUAAACUCGUUACAGCACCAAAUUUGAUUCCAUUGUGUGGCUAAGAUUGGUUAUUUAUUUAUUUUAAUAGAUUAAACCGUUUUCAUUAUAAGAGUUUUUUUUUCAAUUGGUUUGGUUUUUCGAAUAUGAACAAUUAAUUGUCUCCAUCGAAAUAUCGUAAAGUCUUGUAUUU